ACGCAAGUCGCACAACCUAACCUGCACGAAGCACUGAAGGCGAUUAUGUUGUUGUUAUGCUGUGUUUCGCCUUGUACUCUUUGACAUUUGUGGAUCUGUGUUGAAUCAAAGUGGAUGUGUCGUGCUCAAAGAUUCAUGCUGUCAUUCUUAUCGAAACUAAGUUGUUACAAGCUGAAGUCACUUCUGUCGCGAAACUAGAUAUUUUUCAGUUCCUGUCAGAAAUCUGACUUAUUGCCACCACAAUGUCUUCAUCCGAAGAUGUUCUUUUACAAGUGAAUGAAGUGAGAUACAAAAAAGGCGAUGGUACCCUCUAUGCUAUGAAUGAAAGGUUGGCAUGGAUAUUAGAAGGAAAAGACACUGUAUCAGUGAGCCACAAAUAUGCUGAUAUCAAAACUCAAAAGAUAUCUCCCGCUGGCAAACCCAAAAUACAACUUCAAGUAGUUUUGAAUGAUGGAACAAGUUCUACAUUCCACUUUGUGAACAAAUUAGGCCCUGAGGCUCAAAUUAAAGAUAGAGAUGUGGUCAAAGAGUUGUUACAGCAACAGUUACCACGAUACCAAGCUCCUGCUCGGCCCAUCAACAAAGAACUGGAAGAGAAGAAUAGGUUGCUUUGUCAAAAUCCGUCACUGCUUCAAUUGUAUAAAGAUUUAGUGAUCACUCAAGUUAUAACUGCUGAUGAGUUUUGGAUAAAACAUGCAUCAAAGUUUAUGCAGAAACAAAAGGCUCAGGCUCAAGAAAUUGGUGUCUCUGGUGCUUUUCUGGCUGACAUCAAACCACAAACAGACGGUUGCAAUGGUCUGAAGUAUAAUUUAACACCUGACAUAAUUGAAUCUAUUUUCAAAACUUAUCCAGCUGUAAAAACUAAGUAUAUGGAACAUGUUCCCAUUAAAUUAAGUGAGACUGAUUUUUGGACCAAGUUCUUUCAAUCUCACUAUUUUCAUAGAGAUCGCAUACAUGCUGGUAUUAAAGACCUUUUUACUGAGUGUGCCAAAUUAGAUGAUCAAGAAUUAAAACAAGAUAUAAACUCUGGAAUUAGUGACCCACUAGUGGAUAUUACAAGUUUUGAAGAUACGUCACUAGCAGAAGGGUAUGGAAUCACUCCUGAUAAACCAACAUCUUCUGCUGGUAAUAUUGUCCAUCAGAGUAUGAUCAAAAGAUUCAAUCAGCACUCCAUUAUGGUCCUCAAGGCUUGCCAGGAAAAGGAUGCAGCUCAGACCAAUGGCACUGCACCUGAGAGUAAACAAUCAAACGGCGCUGGAAGCUCAGAUUCUUCUCUCAAACCACCAGAAGAAAAAAGAUCACGGCUACAGGAGAAAAUAACUUAUGAAGAUCUGGAUAUGGUGUCAACUACACAAACUGCUCCUCCCUUAAGAUUGAAUCUUGGAAAGGUAGAGGGUUACUUGCAAGGAUCAGCUCCUCAAGCGGGUUAUACUUCAGAAUCACACGGUGGCUCGUUGGCCAACCCAGAAGAAUUUAGAAGAGAACUGACAGCAUGGUGCUCCAGCCAUGCUGGUCAAAGUUCUUUGGUCAGACCUGCUGCCGCUGUAAGCGCUUUAGGUGAACUCACUCCAGGAGGAGAGCUAAUGAAAGGCUUCAUUGCAGAAUCUCAAGCACAGCUUGUGCCACCUGACCUUCAACUAGAACUGCGAAAUCUGUAUAUUAGUAUAUGUGAGUUACUGAGGCACUUUUAUGCCUGCUUCCCUCCAACUACUCCUCAACUUGAAGAGAAGGUGGUGAAGAUGUACGAAGCAAUUGAUCGAUUUCAUGCUACCAGAUUAACUCCUUUUGAGGACCGGGUUAGAGCUGAAUUUUCACCAAUAAGACAUCAUCUUACUAGUCACCUUCAUCAACUAAUAGCAGCUGCUUAUAGAAAAUUCAACACCUGGAAAAUGCGUCAAAAGCAUUUCAGGUGAAAACAAAUGUGUUUCUUGUGUGUUUGUUUUCAAUUUUCAAACAACAGGAUACAGGAGCAGGUCUCCUGUUAUCUUGUUGGCAUAUCCAAAUGUCAUCCUCAGACAAGAAGGCAAAAAUAAAAGAAUCAUUUGAAAACCA